GCAUCUUCUCAACGACUCUUUCUUUUUUUUUUCUUCUUUUUAUCGGGAUUAUUUUCCUCGCAGUCCCACUAAUUACGAAGACAACAGGUUAACACUUCGUUUCGUUGUCUCCAUAACAUGGGUUGCUGAUCCCGACAAUUGUAACGAUCCUCCUUCGAUUUUGGAACGAAAUACUUCCCCCCCCCUCUAGUGGGGGAUUUGAUCACUGCUUACAGCUUUGCGACUAACUGUUGUUGUAUGUCGAAGUCAAUGUGUGGUAGUUUACUAGUUUGUGGAGUUUGCUGGAUUGACUAAUGCAUCUUGCAGUUUAAAAUGUCAUCGUCUAAAGAAAAUAAGAAGAGACGUGGUUCAUACUGUUUCAUUUGUGGAUUUAUUGACGGUGAUAGAUUUGGGUUUUUUGCAGUUAACAAAAAGAGGCUUUCGGAGUGGGAAAAAUUGAUUCCCAAACCUGGAUUGAAGAUUGGCUCUCCUAUCUGUGGUCGGCAUUUCGAUAUCGAUGACAUUAUCAAAGGAAGAGAAAUAGGAGGAAUUUUUUUCUCAUUCAAGAAAUGGAGUCUCAAAGACCUUGCAGUACCCAAACAUUUACUCUGUAAUAUUUGCUGCAAACUUGGUGAUCAUCCUGCCAAAUCCCUUGAUUCUUCCCAAGUUAAAAAAGGUAUUUUGCGAAACAAUCCAAAAUGUAAAACAACAGAUUCCAGUUUUCACCAGAUGGAUAAAGAUCCAUACAUCAAUAUGGACUUUCCCAUAAACCAAGUGAUCCCAGGCAAGGAGAGUGUUACAGUCAAUCAAGCAGACUCUGCCAGUUUAUCUCCGACUGAAUUCGUAGCAACUAAUGUCUGUUGUCGUCCGAUGGAUGAGCCCGAUGAAGAGCAAACAAUCAAUGUUGCCGAGCAUCCGUCCGUUUCUGGCGAUUCUAUGACAUAUGCAAACGAGCCCUCUGUUCCGAAUGUGCCAAGCACCAGUUUUGACUUUGGUUCGCUAUCACGCGUUAUUAAGCUUCCUAGUAACUGGCGUUGGGAUAUUGUCGACCAAAGCUGCUACACAACGAUUCUAUCUGGAAAAGAGUUUGUUCACAAGAUCGUUUUCAUAACAGACAUGUUGCUGACCUUCUUCAUUAACGGAAGAGAAGUUAUUUUCCCAUUUCUGAAGCACGACAGAAUAUGGAAACUUAUAGACUUGCAACGAGCUCUUUAUGAGUUCGACACACUACAUCCUUGCCCUGGUAUGCUGGAUCGCUCCUUGUGCUCAUCAUCAUGUCGCAACGUUAAGAAUUCACACGGAACUGAAUUGCGCUCCUUAAUAUGUAAAUCAGUUUGCAACAAAGACGAAAAACAAUGUCCCAACUGCCGCGUGCAUGAAGGGAAACUCCACUAUCUCAAGACGGCUCAAUCUCGAAGGGUUGCUUCUCUUACCAAAAGACUGAAAACGAAUCAGAAGAGAGUUCAGCGCUUCAUUCUGCACGGAAAGAUUGGUGCACUAACUGUGAACAACUUACGACGCAGUAUCCAUACCAUGUCCGCCAAUCCAAUAUCGAAAAAGAUGAAACGCUUACCGAUGCCCCCUCAUUCUCCUGCCGCAGUUUCCGUGCAGUACACGGCUUGUGCUGCUCAAUCAAUAUUGCUACAGCAAGCUCAUCCUCACUUCAAACUCAUGACGUAUGUUCAUUGUAAAUAUUUUAAUCAAUCGAUCGAUUUUUAUCUUUGUUAUUUAGGUGUAGUGCCACGGCAGUAAACAGCUGUUGCCAUGGGAACAAAAAUUUAUGACGCACCGAAAGGACAUGCUUUAGUACUGGCCGGAGAACCUUCACAUAGACUGCUUAGGAUUUUAGAGGCAAAUUUUUCCCGUUUUAAAUCGUUCAAGUGAACUUUGUAGGUAAGGAAUAAUUUUAGCUGGGGCAGAAAGCCACAGAAUCCCUUAAUGCAAAUCCAUUCUUUUAGCGUCUAUAAAUUGCGUUUAUGGACAAUUUUUUCAGUAUUCAGCCUCCCUUUUAGCUGUCAAGACAAAUCAAAUCAGAAUUCGAGCGAAAUUUAAAUUUUUAUAUUCGAUUUUGCGUAUCGUAUCUUUGCUGUUUUCCAUGCAAAGCUGACGUUAUGCUGCGGCUGUGCAGCCAGCGGGAUAGAGCAAAAAUCUUUAAGUCCUAAUAGUUUAUGGUGAACUUUAGUUUUUAAAAUAAUUUUAACCCAAAUUAUUCCAUGUCAGAUUUAUGUAAUACGGUAUCUAUGAUCACUGUGCUUUACGUUCAUUGGCGACUUGUCUCAAUAGCGGAAUAGCCGACGAAAAUAAUUUCAGAUAGUCGGUAAUCUGUGAUAAAUUCAAACCUUUGAUAAUUACAUUUUUACCGCAUUUUUAGUUUACAUUUAUCAAUAGUAAUUUACUCAUUGCUAAAAACUAAGUGAUAUAUGAUCAACGAUAUAACCCCUGCUAUAAUCUGGAUAAUAAUAAAAAUAAAGUGUGAAAAAGAGGAUCAUUCAAAGAUUGGCCACUGGCGGCGCGCAAAACGAAAAAAAUAUUGAUUUACUAACUAGAUGCUGCUGGGUAAGUAAUACCUCCAACAGAUCUCCACUCUCCUACUAGUUUUCGACUGAAACUAAGGGGUAAGGGAAUUCAGGGCAGGCAAUUCACGCGCAAGCAAUUCCAGUAUUCCACGCGCGACUGGCGCGAGUCGUCUUGGCUGUUCAACCAAGGCACAACCUUUCCAGCAUUCUGAUUGGCUGUUUAGGAGUGAUUCUAAUCGCCGCCACUACUGGAAAUAAUCAACAAUUCGACGUGUCGUCUGCAUUGUUUCUGUCGUUCAAAAUGGGUCCGAAAAUACUCCCAAAAAUACUCCCAAAAGAUUCCCCUCUUGUUAAUCAUAUCAAUGACAAUAGUAAAACUGACAGGUAUUUAGAAAAAAAAAGAAGAAAGAGGGAAAAAUCAAAGGGGAGGAAUUUACAGAAAAGAUUGAAAAGAGCUCAACAACCUGGUGGUGGGUUGGGAGCUUAUGGUCUUUUGAACAGAAAAGAUGGAAUAGCAUCAAAAAAUAAUUCUUUAAUCGCAAUACGAAAACUUGUUGGAACACCUAAACAGUUGUGUUAGUCUGUUUCCUAUGUUCCAGAAGUAAAUGUUAUACAUCCUGAUGACUUUUAAGGGAAGAUGAAGAUCGAGUCAAUCAAAGCUUUCAGUAAGAAUAGAUGCUCUACAAGAAAGAUGAAAAAAAAAUUACAAAGAAAACUUCUUUCUAAUGCAACUUCUGGAAUCUGAAUGAAAAAAAAAAAACAAAAAAAAAACAGAAAUUCUGAAAAGUUGGCAUAACAUGAGAAGAACAUUGUAGAUGCAUGGGAUGUAAAGAAGAAGAUUUGAUGGUUUCAGCUGUGUCACCAUAUUGUCACCAAUGCCUAGCAGCAGCCUCAACUAGUAUACAUACGUUGUUCAACAUUUUGUGCUUCAUCAGUUGUGAUUUCAACCAUCAGAAAACCAGGCCUUUUCACAAUCACCAGUGUUUGAAACCAGAUGUCCCCUAACUCCACAGUUUCUAGAUGCUGAUAAGAGUGAUUACUGAAUCAUUGAAAAAUGUGUUCAUAUUCCAUUGUUCUGCCUGGACGAAUGCUCCAACUGUUGGAGCAACAGGACUCUUAAAGUGCCAGGCUGGAAAGAAUUCAAUCGCCGUUGUCACUUGUGAUGGUUUUGAUGUUGGCAUACAUUUGUUUUAUUAAUAAGCUAACUGUAAAUUUACGCAGGUUGCUUUGAUCUCUCACAGAUACUACCUUUCAAUGUACACAAUGUUUGUAUAACCGAAGCAAGUGUUGAACUUUAUCUUCAGUCGGCAUUUUGGCCAGGUUGUCCAACGUCGUUAUCGUAUGUGUACUAGGUUAGACUUGCUUGACUAUUGGAUCCAUCUUAAGCAUCAGCUGCCGGGGUCUUCCGAACGCAAAUAUCAAAAAAUUCUGAAAGAGUUAUCAAGAACAAGAGGCAGAGUAAGUUGCACUUGUAUGUUAAACAAAUAACAUGUGUAUAUUUAAAAAAGUUCGAUGUUAUCAGCUGUAUUAACUAAAUCUAAUAAGAAAGUUGUGUCACUAUUGAUAAAUAGUAAAAGACAAACGAUAUUUA